ACCCCUUCUUCUGCUCUGCACCCUCCCGGCCUGCUACUUCCCCAGCGUUUGCACAGUGUACGUUGUUCCACACCUACCACUAGCACAGCUUCCAGCUAGCUAGGCGGCCGGAGAGCAAGAAGACGAAGUUGUCGUCGUCGGCGGAGGAGGAGGAGGAGGCGGGCGUAUAUAUACACAGAUAUAUAUUGUUUAAUUCUUGGGUGUGUGGUUGGAGAGGAUGACGACGAAGGCGGUGGCGGUGCUGGUGGUGGUAGCGAUGGCGGCGGCGAUGGCGGCGGAGGCGAGCAAGGAGCUGAGCGUGGAUUACUACAAGAAGAGCUGCCCGGGAGUGGAGAACGUGGUGAAGUACCAUGUGGCCAAGGCGCUCAAGGCCAACCGCGGCGACGGCGCCGCCCUCGUCCGCCUCAUCUUCCACGACUGCUUCGUCAGGGGUUGUGACGCGUCGGUGCUGCUGGACCCGACGCCGGAGAACCCGGAGACGGAGAAGACAGCGCCGAUCAACAUCGGGCUGGCGGCGUUCGAGCUCAUCGACGAGAUCAAGGCGGCGGUGGAGGAGCGGUGCCCGGGCACCGUCUCCUGCGCCGACAUCAUCAUCUACGCCGCCCGCGACGCCUCCAGCCUCCUCAGCAACGGCCACGUCCACUUCGACGUCCUCGCCGGCCGCCUUGACGGUCGCGUCUCCCGCGCCUCCGACGCCCAGCGCGACCUCCCGGACUCCACCUUCACCGUCUCCGAGCUCAUCCGCAACUUCCGCCGCAAGAACUUCACCAUCGAGGAGCUCGUCAUCCUCUCCGGCGCCCACGCCGUCGGCGUCGGCCACUGCUCCUCCCUGCGCGCCCGCCUCACCGCGCCGCCGGAGCAGAUCCUGCCCGCCUACCGCAGCCUCCUCGCCGGCAAGUGCGCCGUCGCCCCGGACCCCGUCGUGCCCAACAACGUGCGCGACGAGGACCCCGCCGCCGUGGCCGCCACCAUCCCGUCGUUCCUGCCGAAGCUGCGCAAGUUCGAGUUCUUGGACAACACCUACUACCACAACAACCUCGCCCGGAUCGUCACCUUCAACUCCGACUGGCAGCUGCUCACCGAGAAGGAGGCGCGCAGCAAGGUCCACGAGUACGCCGACAACGGCACGCUCUGGGACGAGGACUUCUCCGCCUCCCUCGUCAAGCUCAGCCAGCUACCAUUGCCGCCCAAGGCAAAGGGCGAGAUCCGCCACCACUGCCGCCGCGUCAACGCCUACUGAUUAAUUCUUGCAUCCUUGCAUCCAUCCAUCUUCAGCUCUGCAUUGUCCUUCCAAUAAUUCUUUGUUUCUUUUUGAUUUUGCAUCGUCGUCGUCGUCUGUCUGUCUAUGUUGAUCUGUGAAAUUUGUUGGUGAUGCCGUGUUAAAUUGGUUUAAUUCUGUGUUGAAUUCGAUUCUUCGCGUAUGCAAGAACACAUCAGUACAGGAAUUCAUGCUGUAUAGUAGCUUCGAUCGUGUUGCUGCGUUCAGUGUAUGUGUAUCUAUCUACUACUAUGCUGGUUUCGAAAGAAAGAAAGAAAGUUGUGAGGGUUUCAUUAAUUUCAUAUAUGUUUUUUUUUAUUGGUUUGGAUUGGAUUUGUGUUCAUCCAUCCAGCCUCUCCAUUUUCAUGUAAUAAGGAUUACAAAAGAUCGAUAUAUGGCACUGGGCACACUUCAAUUAUGUUCCAAA